AGUGUGUAUCGCGAAGCUGUCGAUUAUGUCCAUUAAUUCACCAGAUAUCUAAGUAGUGGUAGACACGGUGACGGUGUCAUUCAGUUGUUUCUCGUUCGUUGUUGGAAUUAGAUCCUUGAUAACAUAAAACGAAAGUGGUGCACGCAACGCGAAAGACAGUGGUUUGUUUAUUCUUGUGGCUGGUGGUACUGAUGUUGCAGUGUGGACUAGAUAGGUAGAUACUCACCAAACAUCGAUAACCACAUUUUUUUCAACGUAUUAGCUUCAGUAGUAGUGGACAUUUGUUCAAGUACCUUUAGAAUUCUUACCUGAUUGCAAUAGCUAAGAAUAUUUCUUCGAUUAUUUUCCAAUCAACUUCCUAACGGAGAUUAAAACAAAUUUGAAUACGUCCAAGAUCUUCUUUGAACCUGUGACAUAACUUUAAUUGGCAUUUCUACUUGAUCCUAUAUGUGCAUGACUAUUUUGGGGAAUUUUGUCCUGGAAAAAGGAUGAUAGGGCCUAAAGCUCGAGUAACUAACGUUCUAUUCUUCUCUGGAAUAGCAUGUGCUGGCAUUUUAGACAAUUUCAAUUGGGCAAGAUCAGACAAAAUCGAAGUGAAUUUGCCGUGGUUACCAUUUGAGAAUGAGACUCGAUGCUAUGAUGAACUGGGGUGUCUCAACAUAACCCGAACUUGGUACCAUUUGAUAAAUAGGCCAUUCAAUGUAUUUCCUCUACCAAGAUCUGUGAUUAAUACUAGAUUUAUUUUAUUCACUAGACUGAAUCCCUCUGAGGGUCAAAUUAUAAGGGCAAACAAUCAUUCAAUAGAAAGAUCAUAUUUAGAUGUCAAAAAGAAAACCAAAUUUAUUAUACAUGGAUUUAUAGACACGCCGUUAUCAAACUGGGUGCAGGACAUGAAAGAUGAACUCCUCAAAGCUCAGGAUGUUAAUGUGAUCGUUGUUGAUUGGGCAGGUGGUAGUUUGCCUUUAUACACACAAGCAACUGCUAAUACCAGAUUAGUAGGGAUGGAAAUUGCAAAUUUGAUCAAUUUUAUAGUGAAAAACUACGAAAUGGACCCAAGGGAUAUCCAUAUAAUUGGUCAUUCUUUAGGAGCUCAUACUGCAGGCUACGCAGGCGCCUUAGUUCCUGGUCUAGGUAGAAUAACAGGAUUAGAUCCAGCAGAACCUUAUUUUCAAGGAAUGCCUCCACAUGUAAGGCUUGAUCCAUCUGAUGCUGAGUUGGUAGAUGUAAUCCACACUGACGGUAAAGGUAUUUUCUUUUUAGGAUAUGGUAUGUCCCAACCAUGUGGACACUUAGAUUUUUAUCCCAAUGAUGGUAAAGAGCAACCAGGCUGUGAUAUAACGCAGACACCCCUCGUUCCCUUAACACUUAUAAGAGAUGGACUUGAGGAAGCUUCAAGAGUGCUUGUAGCUUGCAACCAUGUUAGAGCCAUUAAAUUGUUUAUUGACAGUAUAUCUACAAAGUGCCCUUAUAUUGGACAUCAAUGUAAAUCGUUCGAACAGUUCAAAGAAGGUAGAUGUUUCAUAUGUAAACCAGGUUCAAAUUGUGCUAUUAUGGGGUACCAUGCUGAUACAACUCCUGGACUUCUCGAAAAUAAUGAAGUACAACCUCAAUCCUCAAAGCUGCAGGAAACUGUAGGAACUAAAUAUUUUUUAACGACAGGAAAAGAAUAUCCUUAUUGUCAUCGAAUGUAUCGGAUCACUACUGAGUUAGCACAUCCACCAUUUGCAGAAAAUUGGGUACAAGGUCAUCUAAAAGCAUCUAUCUAUAGUCCUUCUGGCGUAUUACAUGCAGAGUUAACCCCAUCCGGUGAUAUGAAACUGGAACAUGGCGCUACUUAUACUACUGUGGUUUCUCAUCCCAUAGAUCUUGGUGGGAAUGUUAGAAAGGUUGAAUUAAGUUGGGAAUAUGAUAUGAACGUUUUAGAACCACGAACUUUAUGUUUGUUUUGGUGUAAUGAUCAUUUGUAUGUCAAAAAUGUUUUGGUGGAGGAGAUGGAGAUGCCUGGCAGAGGGAAACGAGACGCUCAGUUUUCAAGUAAACUAUGCUCCAAAGGCAAAAGGGACUACGCAGAUAUUGCAAAUAGAGGCAAGGGUAUUUUUGUUGAUUCAUGUUCAACAGAUAAAUUUUCAAAAAGCUAGCAAAAACAUUUUAUUUUAUGGGAACUUAAAUGGUUUUAAUAAGCUAAUUUAGCAUAAAAUCCUUAAAGACUACUACUUCCUAGUGAUUGUUGUAGAUUAUAUUAUUAUCUCAUUUAUUUAUAUUGAAACUAGAUUUCACUGUACUAAUGUUUAUUUUCAUGUUCAAUUAGUUCAAAUGAGUUAGAGUACAUAUCAGAAACCCACAUACUUAUACACAUAACACAUUGAAUUACUGUUGAAAAAGAAUAUUGGACCGGAGAUGUAACUAUUUUCCUUCAUUAAUAUCAUGGACAAUAUAAAUCAUUAUGUCCCUGCUACAAAAGGUUUCUGUUUUUGAUUAUAUAAAAAAACAAAAUUUAAAAAAACGAUCAAAAUCAGAACUGUUUCUUAGAAUUUCUAAAGAUUUCCUGUUUUAUAUAUUCAUUUACUAUAAAGUAGAUCAUAAGGGUGUAGUGUAAAGUGUACAAAUGUCGAGAAGUUUCUACCAACUGCUCGUUUUUUUGAGCUAAUUUAGUGACUCCCUUUUAAACUUAAUAUAACUUGCUGUAUAUUUUAUUUAUUUUAUCAACAAUGUAUCCUUUUAAUUGAACAUUUUCAGCUUACAAAUAAACCUUUUUUAAGCAAAUGUAUGUUCUAGAAACUAUAUUGGAAAUAUUUGAUCUCUUAUUUUAUGAAUAAUUCGAUAAAUGUGUAAUUUUAUUUAAUAAUUAUAAGUUAGUAAAAAUGAUUCUGAUUUUAAUUGAACCAGAGGUUGAUAAAAAAAAUGUUAUGAAGUACAGAACAUACAUAAUUAUAUUGUGAUAUUUGUUUUUAUUAUGAAAUAAAGACAUGAGUUAAAAUUUGCUUUUCUUUCAAAUAUACCAAAUAAAAUUAAGAGAGGAAUAACUU